GUGUAUUGGUGUGGCAUGUAACUUGCUCCUUCUGUAGUGCACAGCUUCAUAAAUCUCCCUCUCUUUUCAACUGUGCAAAUGAACAUGGAAGAUUUCCUCCGGCAGUGUGGUGGCUAUGCGGUGAUCGAUGGCGGACUCGCGACGGAGCUCGAAAGCCAUGGUGCUGACCUUAAUGACCCUCUGUGGAGCGCCAAGUGCCUUCUUAGCUCUCCUCAUCUCAUUAGAAGGGUGCACCUAGACUACCUUGAAGCUGGAGCAAAUAUAAUAAUAUCUGCUUCAUAUCAGGCCACUCCUCAGGGUUUUGAGGCCAAGGGCAUGUCUAGAGAAGAAGGUGAAGCUUUACUUAAAAAAAGUGUUGAAAUAGCAUGUGAGGCACGGAAUAUUUACUAUGACAGAGCUGCCAAAGGUUCUUGGGAUGUUACUGGAAAUGUGCCGGAAAAACGUCCAGUCCUAGUUGCAGCUUCUGUGGGAAGUUAUGGAGCUUACUUGGCUGAUGGUUCUGAAUAUAGUGGGGUAUAUGGCGACACGGUCACUUUGAAAACUUUGAAAGACUUCCACAGAAGGCGAGUUCAAAUUCUAGCUAAAUCAGGUGCUGACCUGAUUGCAUUUGAGACAACGCCUAACAAAUUGGAAGCAAAGGCCUACACUGAGCUUCUUGAGGAAGAAAACAUAAAUAUUCCAGCCUGGUUUUCCUUCAAUUCCAAGGACGGAACCAAUGUAGUUAGUGGUGACUCCAUAUCUGAAUGUGCCUUAAUAGCCGACUCAUGCAAACAAGUAGUUGCAGUUGGAAUUAAUUGCACCCCUCCCCGAUUUAUUCAUGGACUAGUUCAAUCCAUUAAGAAGGUUACCAGUAAACCGAUCCUCAUAUAUCCAAACAGUGGUGAGACGUAUGAUGGUGAGAAAAAGGAGUGGGUGCCUACAACUGGAGUUGCAGAUGAAGAUUUUGUGUCAUAUGUAAGCAAGUGGUGUGAUGCUGGGGCUUCUCUUAUUGGAGGUUGCUGCAGAACUACCCCGAAAACUAUUAGAGCUAUAUCCAAGACUCUGAAAAGGGGAGCAGCGCGAGGUUAAAGCCUCCUCUACUAUAAUGAUGUUAAGGAACUGUGAUAUGUCACCACAACAAAAAGAGCUAUAACUAAAUAACAUGCCUUGUAACUUUUCGUACUUGGUCAGCAAAUUUCCACCUGUUCUUCAGCGAUGCAUUAAGCAUUCUCACAAAGACAGAAGUGAGGAUGUUCUUCCUGAUGUUAUAAUGAAAUGAAGUUCUAGUGGCUAUUUUCAAAUAUAUCUAAAGCUUGUUCUUACUGUUC